UUUUGCAUGAGAAAUGUGAAUGUACCUCAUUUUUUGUUACGUUUAAUUUUUUCUUCACGUGCCUGCUUACUUAUUUUCUUAUCUCUCGUCUUAUCCGUUCAGUUUUUCUAUCGUAGGCCUUUUCAAUAUUUCCCCUCCGCGUGCUUUAUUUUCACGCCCCGGCUGCUCUCAGACCAGCUGCACCAGACGGCUCUGUGUCUGCGUCUCCAGCUGCGUGGCUCCAGUCCCGCAGGCUGGGUCGGCCAUGUUGUAGUGUGGGGGUUGAUGGAAGUUUGGUAGUAGGAAGUGGAGAGGAGGCUCCAUCUCCCCGGGAUACUCCAGGAUCCCACUUUUCCUGCUUCCUCUUUGUUUUCCAUCAGCUGGCAUGCAUCUGUAGGAUUUUCCCCUCAGUCAGUGGAAGGAAAAUGACAGCCCCGUGCAGUGAUUUAAUCAGCCUUCAGGACUACAACACUUGAUUUAAGUUCAAACCAAACUGGAUGGAUGAGGGGAGGAUGAAGGUAGUUCGGUCCCGACUGGAAUAACUCGGAUUUACUUUGUCCUGGACCCGAAUCAAAAAGGGGGAAGUGGGGAAUCAGAGUGGAAGACCACACUGCGAGGAGACAGAUCUUUAAAGCAGGCUGAGACGAUGGGCUGUGUGAAGAGCAAAGAAGACAAAGGCCCCACCAUGAAAUAUCAGACUGAGAAUUCCUCACGGUCUGACCCCAACACCUCCACCUCUGUGCCUCACGCCGGUCAUUAUGGGCCGGAACCAACGCAGACGCAGCAGAAUCAGGGUCCAGCAUCUUCCUCCAACUCUGCAGCUGUGAAUUUCAACCAAGCCCUAACGCCAUUUGGAGGCUCCUCCUCUGCCAUGACUCCUUUUGGAGGAGUGUCAACAUCCUUCACUGGUCCCAUGUCAAACUCUUUCUCUGGUGCCGUCUCUAGCGGCGUCACCUUCUUUGUUGCCUUGUACGACUACGAAGCCAGAACAUCAGACGAUCUUACCUUUAAAAAGGGGGAUCGCUUUCAGAUCAUCAACAAUACCGAAGGAGACUGGUGGGAGGCUCGCUCCAUCACCACCGGGAAGAAAGGCUACAUCCCCAGCAAUUACGUGGCCCCCGCCGACUCAAUUCAGGCUGAAGAAUGGUACUUUGGUAAAAUGGGACGCAAGGAUGCUGAGAGGUUGCUGCUCAAUCCUGGGAAUAACCGGGGGACUUUCCUGGCACGGGAAAGUGAAACAACUAAAGGUGCUUAUUCUCUCUCCAUACGGGACUGGGAUGAAGCCAAAGGAGACAAUGUGAAGCACUACAAGAUCCGCAAGCUGGAUAACGGGGGGUACUACAUCACCACACGAGCCCAGUUUGACACCCUGCAGAAGCUCGUCAAACACUACACAGAGCAUGCAGAUGGACUUUGCCACAAGCUGACCACAGUCUGCCCAACGGUCAAGCCUCAGACUCAGGGACUCGCUAAAGAUGCCUGGGAGAUCCCAAGGGAGUCGCUGCAGCUGGAGGUCAAACUGGGCCAGGGAUGCUUUGGAGAGGUGUGGAUGGGCACGUGGAAUGGCACAACCAAAGUGGCCAUAAAGACGUUGAAGCCGGGAACCAUGUCACCCGAGGCUUUCCUGCAAGAAGCUCAGAUCAUGAAGAAACUUAGACAUGACAAACUAGUGCCUCUUUAUGCUGUAGUAUCUGAGGAACCCAUCUAUAUUGUCACAGAGUACAUGUCAAAAGGAAGCUUGCUGGACUUUGUCAAAGAAGGCGAUGGCAAAUUCCUCACACUCAUCACGCUGGUGGACAUGGCUGCAAAGAUUGCAGACGGCAUGGCCUUCAUCGAGCGGAUGAAUUACAUCCAUCGAGAUCUGCGGGCUGCAAACAUACUCGUGGGCGAAAACUUGGUGUGCAAGAUUGCCGACUUUGGUCUGGCCAGGCUGAUAGAAGACAACGAGUACACAGCGAGGCAAGGAGCCAAAUUCCCCAUCAAGUGGACAGCCCCUGAAGCAGCUCUGUAUGGUCGCUUCACAAUCAAGUCAGAUGUCUGGUCCUUUGGGAUCCUCCUCACCGAACUAGUGACCAAAGGCAGGGUGCCCUAUCCAGGUAUGGUGAACCGGGAAGUCCUGGAGCAGGUGGAGCGAGGAUACCGCAUGCCCUGCCCUCCAGCUUGCCCCGAAUCUCUGCAUGAGAUGAUGAUGCUCUGCUGGAAGAAGGAGCCAGACGAGAGGCCAACCUUUGAGUACCUGCAGUGCUUCUUGGAGGACUAUUUUACCUCCACUGAACCUCAGUACCAGCCUGGAGAAAACCUAUAGCCAUAAGAGGAGGAAGCUUGGUUGAAGACAUUUCAGUACAACACAAUUUAUUCUGCAUUUCAUGUUUUUGGUCUUCAAUCAUCCACUCAGAUAUAGUUUUUUAUUUUUUUUUUUAAUUAUACGUUUAUUCUUAUGUUCUCACAUCUGGUACUGCAACAAAUAUUAGGUCUUUUUUUGUACCUCUUUAUGCAGAUUUAGUCGACAUGUAUAAAAAGAUUGUAGGUAUUGUAAUAUGUAUUCAUGUUUAAAUACCAGGCAUUGCAGUGUUAUGUUUCUGUGAAAUAAGCUGUGAUUAAACAUCCAAAAAAAGAAAAUUUUAAGAAUUUUGACACUUUAAAGGUUUUGUACGGCCUCAUUUUAACAAAGGUAUAUGUUUGAUUAUGGUCCUGAUUUUCAGUUCACUACACCAGACUGGGAAAUGUCUGGAAAAUUAUGGAAUUUCAUUGUUUCCAGUCUGGAUAAAUAUGGAUAACAGGAAAAAAUGUUGCUUCUUGGCUUUAUUACCCAUGUCUAUUUCUCAUAGAUUUAGAAACUCUACAACAGCAUUUAUAGGUUUAUCUUCAUUCAUACCUGAGAGAGGGCAGGGUGCAGGAGCCAGUUCAGUACUUUGAAAAGACAAAGAAAAUAUACUGAGUUAUUAAAGCUUUAGAUCCAUUACUUUGCAGAAGCAAUUUUAU